AUGUUGCUACCAAUGGGAGUAUUUGAAUGGGACAAUUUCGCCCAUGGAACAAAAGGAGUAAUGGAUGCGGUUGUGGAAGUCACUGCAAAGGGUGUUAUCACAAUCAUUGGCGGCGGAGACACAGCCACAUGUUGUGCGAAAUGGGACACAGAAGACAAAGUCAGCCAUGUAAGCACAGGAGGAGGAGCAAGUCUGGAACUUUUGGAGGGUAAAGAUCUCCCUGGGGUGUCUGUUUUAACUGAUAAAGACCAGGCUUGCAAAUGCCAACAAAAAUGA